CUGGCGUCGAUAACAACCUCCGUUCAAUGCAAUAAGAAUAGGUUGGGGCGGAUUAUUUCAGUGGAUGUUGUACGUGGUAGGAGGCAAUCAGAAAAUGGCUGAGAGAACAUCGCGGGCGUCGUGUCAUGACUGAGGAGGAGAAAGCUGUGAUUAGAGAUGGGUGGAAUAUACACCGCAACAACUACGUGAGAAUUUUAGCGUACGUGCGGCGCCACAUUCCCGCCAAUUUACGGGAGGUGUACGAAGGAGGCAGGACUCAUGCAGCCCUACGAAGGAGGAUCCGGGAUUACGUCCAAAGGGAAUUACAAGGUGCAGUGGAAGAACGAGAACAAGAGAUGCGGCAUGCUGGGCCUGUUGCUCCAUGGAGGGCCAGACAAGAGGAAAUGGACCGGCUAAACGCCGUCGCGGAAGUACCCCCACCCCCACCGAUUGUACCCCCACCCCCACCGAUUGUACCCCCUCGGCGGAGAGAGCCUCUCUGGGCACUUGCAAGGAGGAACCAGGAAAGUUUCUCGGACAUGCUAGAUGCCCAUCAGGUGCGAGUGGAAAGGGUGGAUAGGAUUUUGGAUGCUAUCGAAGAGAAUUUGUAG